CCCCUCCUCCCUCCUCCUUCUCUCAGGCAGCGGCGGCGGCUGCGGCGGGGCCGCGCGGAGCUAUCUCCUCCCGCUCGCGAGGGCCCCUAGGCCGCGCUCCCAGCCGGGUGAGGGGAGCAGGGCGGUCGGGGAACGGGGCCGGCUGGGGUGCGGGGCCGGCCGGCCUCAAGGGGAUGGGGGCGGCCUGGGCGCAGGCGCGGAGGCCUCCCCACCGCAGGCCUCGGGCCCCGUGCCGGGCUCCGCGAGCGAGGGGUGCGGGCUGCAGCCGCGCCCGCCGCCUUCCCGCGCUCCUAAGCGCCCCUCAGGGAGCCGUGGGGCCGGCGCGGGCUGCGCGCUGCGAUGCUGCGGGCGAUGCUGCGGGCAGGCCCCGGGCAGGCCGGCCGCGGAGCUGGGCCUCGCGCGGCUGGCGGGGCAGCGGAAGCAGCUGCGGCGCCGCGCUCAGGGCCCCGGAACCGCCCGCUCCGCUCCGGUUACUGCAGGGAGCGGCCUGCGUGGGGCACCGAGCGCUGCGGUCCCGCUGCCCGCAACGCGUGCUCUCGUUCCGCGGCGCGUUGCUGUGCGUUCCCGGGCGCUCGUGCUGCUAUAUUUCAAAACAGCGGGCCGGCGUGCUGCGCUCCGGGAGGGUGUGCCUGACAGGGGGAGCAGCGCUCGUCUGUGUUGUGCGGACAGAUUUAGGGCUGUGGAUGAGCUCUUCUAUCCUAAACUUUUUAAAGGAAGAAGCCAUAGAAUGGACUAGAGAACUCCUGUGUCUCUUUAGAAAACUACUGAAACCAGAAGGUCUUCACAAAAUAUGGCUCGUGGACAGCAGAAGAUUCAGUCGCAGCAGAAAAAUGCCAAAAAGCAAGCUGAGCAAAAAAAGAAGCAAGGACACGAUCAGAAGGCUGCAGCCAAGGCUGCUUUGAUAUAUACCUGCACUGUCUGUAGGACACAAAUGCCGGAUCCCAAGACCUUCAAACAGCACUUUGAAAGCAAACAUCCUAAGACUCCACUUCCUCCAGAACUGGCUGAUGUUCAGGCGUAAAGAUAUCUACAGGUGAAAUCAUGGCACCUAUUGACUCUUCUACUGUCAGACCUUACAUAACAAACCUGCAGCUGCUUUUCUAAAACUGUUGAUCAGCAAAAAUGAAGGGGCUACAGAAACAUUCAUAUUUUUAUGCUGUUCCCUCUUGGGCUUCAUGCAAAGACAAUUGUGUAAAUGUACAGUUGUGCCCUCUUUGGAAAUCCUGAAAAAAAAUCAGUCCAUACUUGUUAUAAAAACAAAAAUUUUUUUACAAUUGUAAUUAUAUUGAUGUUCAUAUUGUGUAAAAUAACUCAUUUAAUAAAGUAGUACUUUGAUUUUACAAUAUCACAGAUUAAAUGCUUGUAGAAGUUCUGUUUUAACUUUCUGCAUUAUCUGCCUUAUAAAACAAUAAAAAGACAAAGUGGAAUCUUCCCCAUCCUGCUAAAACACGAGCAGUAUCAUUCCACUGAAAGUAAUGUACAUUACAGUAAAUUAAUUUUACCGCAAGAGGGAAGCUGCUCAGAUUGACUGUUCAGUGUGGUGCCUGCUUGAGCUCAGUCACUCAUUUCAAGUUACUGACUCGAGAGGCACAGCAAGCUCCCCAGAGGCUGCAUAGUAUCCUGAGACUUUGUUCUACGGUUUUGUCCUGUGCAUUGGAGUCUAUUACUACAAGCCAUUUCAAAUGGGAUUCCUGUACUGUGAGGGCUCGAGCUAGUUCCUUAGAGUCUUGCACUGGAGAGACUCUGGUUAGCCUUGUGAUCCUUAAUAGUUGGUAGUUGGCCGAGGCAGCUGAGAGGUGGUAAAGUUUAAUGCUUUUGGGUAUGCUGGCUUAAAAAAUGCUCUCAAACAUUAGUUAAAAACAAUUCUACUCGUAGUUGAGAAAUUAAUUUGAGAAGAUUUGUGAAGUUACUUGAGCAGUCAGCCACAAGUGCUCACCCUCAAAUGCAUCUGGUCAUUUUAGUAGCAGCUCUUCAAGAAAUACGUAGAAUAGCCAGCCAUUAAUAACCUUUCUUUGCAACGAGCCUAAAAUAAGCCUGUUGGAAAACAGCCAAAGUAACUGAAAUGAUAUGGCUAGCUUAAGAAAUUGCAUGUGAUUAAAGUUGCAUUGACAAGAAAAAGCUGGAUAAUAACUCUCCGGCCAAGAGCAUUUGAGAAGCUAAACAUAAUUAGCCUUUAAGUGUUCUGGGCUCAGUUCUAAUCCCAGAUGUACGGUGCAGAAGUAGUGGAAAAACAUCUGAUUUGUUCUGGAGGAUCUGCUGUACAAAAAAAAAGCAACCUAUCUUUGGCAUUUGGAGGGGGUUUAUUUAAGAGCUUUCAUUUAGAACUCGCAGUGAGAAACACCACUGGAAUUGCUGUGAUUUAUUGCUGUUACAAGAGACGUAAUAAUCCUGGCAGUCCAAGUAACCCUUACUACACAGCAGGACUGUACAUCUGACCCUCACAUGGCUUCCUAAAGUCUAGGACCAUAGUCUCAAAGACUCAUUCACUUAAAAGAAUGCACUUGGUAUUUUAUUAUAUAAAGUCAAAGCCUUUGUCUUCGUCCACUCAUUUGCUUUUUAAUGGUACUUCUGUGAGACUAGCUUCCUGUCCUCUUUGCUGUGACAGUUUCUGUGUAAAUACUUACUUUGACAUGAAGUUUCUCUGUAUUAUAGUCACUCCAGGAUAACCUGAAUACCACUUAACUUUUAUAGAUAACGUUGUUCUCCUCUGCGAGUAAUCCACUACUGCACUUGUACACCUGACAUCAGAAUGUAACCCUUCAUUUGGUUUUCUUUAAUGUUAUCAAUAAGUAUAUCCCGACAACCUGGUUCCCACAGAGUAAGAGAUCUGCUGUAUGGAGGAGAGGUACUUAAAUGUUCUGAUGCUGUAGUUUGUCUAAAAUACACUGAGUGCAAAUGGAUAAAGGUGUUUCUUGCACUGACCGGUAAUCAGUAAUCUGGUUUUACUCUGGAAAAUGUUCUGGGAUGUAUCCCUGUAGUUUGGUCUCGAGGUGACGUAUAUGUUCUAUUCUUUCAAUUCAGAUUGUGUAGCAUUAAAUAAAAAGAUUUUGUUUCGUAAACACUCUCUCUCAAUGAGCAUUGAAGAGCUGGAAAGCUGCAUCAGUAGCAGGAUGGUGAAGUUAGAAUUGUAUUCUCAAGACUGUACGAUGCUCAGUUAGAAAACACCAUAUGAACUGAUGUUUUUUCUGUGUAGCUUGUAGAAGGCAAGAGUGAUCCUUGGGUCAUUAAGGCCCCUCGUUACAGUAGCUGCAAUCUCAAAUACAGGAACAAGUGAAAUCUAUGACUGAACUGUUUUAAAGGCUUUAUGAGUGUAGUGGGGAUGCUCUACUAAAUGAGGGAAUAGUUCUUAUUUAGGAUAUCUGUGAUACUCCUUUUACCUAAAAGGUCAGACGAAGGGCUGGGAGUCCUUCACCUCUUCCCGAUCUGAAGAACGACACCCUGUUAUCUGGCUAAAGACACAGUUGUGCAUUGUAACGUGUCUGAUUAAAGAAAGAUAAUAAAAAUCAAAUGUAAAAUGUCA